AUGACUCAGCAGCUACUUCGAGGGGUCACCAGCCUGCGUUUCAACCAAGACCAAAGUUGCUUUUGCUAUGCCACAGAGACAGGUGUGCACAUCUACAAUGUGGACCCACUGAUGAAGAAGGGGCAUCUGGACCAUGAGCAGGUGGGCAGCCUGGGCCUGAUAGAGAUGCUGCACUGCUCCAACCUGCUGGCCCUGGUGGGCGGUGGUAGCAGUCCCAAGUUCUCCGAGAUCUCAGUGCUGAUCUGGGAUGAUGCCCUGGAAGGCAAGGACUCCAAGGACAAGCUGGUGCUGGAAUUCACUUUCACCAAACCAGUGCUGGCUGUGCGCAUGUGCCACGACAAGAUCGUGAUCGUGCUGAAGAACUGCAUCUUUGUGUACUCCUUCCCCAACAAUCCCCAAAAGUUGUUUGAGUUUGACACUCGGGACAACCCCGGGGGGCUCUGUGAUCUCUGUCCCAGCCUGGAGAAGCAACUGCUUGUGUUUCCAGAACACAAGUGUGGAAGUCUGCAACUUGUGGACCUGGCGAGCACAAAGCCUGGCACCUCAUCUGCUCCAUUCAUUAUCAGUGCACAUCAGAGUGAUGUAGCCUGUGUGUCCCUGAACCAGCCAGGCACCGUAGUGGCCUCGGCUUCCCAGAAGGGAACCCUCAUUCGCCUUUUUGACACCCAGUCCAAGGAGAAGCUAGUAGAGCUGCGCCGAGGCACUGACCCUGCCACUCUAUACUGCAUUAACUUCAGCCAUGAUUCCUCCUUCCUCUGUUCUUCCAGUGAUAAGGGCACUGUGCAUAUCUUCGCUCUCAAGGAUACCCACCUCAACCACUGCUCUGUGCUGGCUCGCAUGGGCAAGGUGGGGCCUUUGAUUGGGCAGUACGUGGACUCUCAGUGGAGCCUGGCAAGCUUCACUGUGCCUGCUGAGUCGGCUUACAUCUGCACCUUCGGUCGCAAUACUUUCAAGAACGUCAACUCUGUAAUUGCCAUCUGCGUAGAUGGAACCUUCCACAAAUAUGUCUUCACUCCCAAUGGGAACUGA